GUACGAUUUUGGUACUCCUUAAACUAAUCGGUUAUGCGAACCAUUUAGCAAGGCUACACGUGCAGUAUAGGUUAGUCUAUACUAGAUAACUUUUUAUUCAAUUCUUCAAAGUUUUCGUUUUUAGUACAUGCAAUGUAAACUGCAAAGAUAAGAAGUACUCUCCGUCACUAGAUUGAAAAUCAGCACCAAUACAUAUGGGCUGGUGCCCGACACAUAAGCAUUAAAUAUUCUGCACAGUUAAGACCCAGGUAAACACUUUAUUAAAAUUAAUUUCACGCUGAAUUAACUGCCCUAUUAUGGCGUCGUCACGUGUUCCCAUUAUGAUGGCAGCAGCCUCUUGAUCGGUACUUUGUUACUGGUCCAAGAGAAAAAGAAAAAAAAAACUAUUUUCACGUUUCAGUCUGCGUUGCGAAUAACGCUAACGAGCGUUUUCUUCACACGAUAACAAGAGCAUCCGCUGAUCCCAUGGAGGCGAAGGAUAUGGUGGUGCAGAGCCUGCAGGAGGAGGAGGGUUCUGGGGCAGACAAGGGUGAAUGUACCAAGGAACCCAGGACGAGUAGCUCGUCGCAGUCCUCGCGCAAAAGUUUCCGCCUGGACUAUCGGCUGGAGGAAGACGUCACAAAGUCCAGGAGGGACAAACAUGGUCGUUUUGUGAACCCCUGGCCUACCUGGAAGUUCCCCUCUUAUUCCAACAUUCUUUGGUUUUAUCUGUUUGACAAAAACAACAGCAGCAUCCCUACCACCAAAGAGGAGUUGGAUCAGAAGCUGCCCAUAUUGGAGCCCUAUUUCAUCCGGAACCCCGAGAGGGCUGGCCAGACUAAUGCCGAGUUGAGGGUGACCUGGUUGGGUCAUGCCUCAGUGCUGGUGGAGAUGGAUGAUCUAGUGAUACUGACAGAUCCAGUGUUCAGCCAGCGGGCGUCACCAGUGCAGAUCGCAGGACCUAAGAGGUUCCGGGACUCGCCAUGCACUGUGAACCAGCUGCCGCGGGUCCACGCCGUGCUCAUCAGCCACACCCACUACGACCACCUGGAUCUUGGCUCAGUGACUGCCCUGAACCGCCGCUUCGGCAGUGACCUGCGCUGGUUUGUACCCCUGGGCCUGAUGAGAUGGAUGCAGAGCUGUGGCUGCGAGAACGUCAUUGAGCUCGAUUGGUGGAAAGAGAACUGCGUGCCGGGUCACGACGAGGUCACCUUCGUCUUCACACCCUCUCAGCACUGGUGCAAGCGCACGCCACUGGAUGAUAAUAGGGUGCUGUGGGGCAGCUGGACUGUCCUGGGGCCCCACAACCGCUUCUUCUUUGCCGGAGACACCGGCUACUGCUCUGGCUUCCAGGAGAUUGGCAGGCGCUUUGGACCUUUUGACCUGGCCGCAAUCCCCAUUGGUGCAUACUUGCCCAGGGACUUUAUGAGGCCACAGCAUGUGGACCCAGAUGAGGCUGUGCGGAUCCACAUUGACCUUCAAGCAAAGCAGUCCCUUGCCAUCCACUGGGGCACCUUUGCUUUGGCCCAUGAGCAUUACCUGGACCCUCCUGUGCGCCUCAAAGAAGCCAUGGAGAAAUAUGGGCUGGAUGAAGACGUAUUUUUUCUCCUGAAACAUGGUGAAUCACGACAUCUGAAGUCCAGCGAAGAGGUGUUUGCUCACCACAAGUGAUGGGUGUUAUGAGUUUAGUUUCAUUGCGGUUGCUUUUGUAAUUUCAGCGCUUAAUUUUUUUAUUUUUUAAUGAAGUUUGAGGACUCUUUCAGAGCAUUUAUGUAAAUGGUGAGAUUUUUUUUUGGAUUAUAACGUAAAUGUUGAUUAUGUUUCAUUUGUUCAGUCUAAUGAAUUCAGUUCAGCUUGAACUUCUCAGUUUUAAACCCUGGUUAACUGUUCAGGCAAUGGUUAAUGUCAGGCAAUGGUCUGUUAAAAAAAGGUUUGCAUAUUGUGUAAUCCAUCUAUCUUCCAUAAAUUCAUAUUCAGCACAUGGUUGCAGAGAACUUUGAGCCUUGCUCUGGCAGCAAUAGACACAAGGAAGAUACACAUUUUAUUACUCUAUAAUACAUUAACCGAAAGUUUGGAAUCACGCCAAAAAGUUUGCAUUUUCCAUGAAAACUCCAUUUUAGUCAUAAAUUUCAUAUUAAAUUAGAAAUAAUGUUUAGUGCUUGAAAUAAUCAAAGAAUCCUCCCAUCUGCAGCAAUCACAGCCUUGCGGACCAUUGGCAUCCCUACUCUGAAUUUGUUGAGCUAAUCUGUAGAGAUUUCACUCCAUGAUUCCCGAAGUACCUCCCACAAAUUGGAUUGGCUUGAUGUCAUAUGAUCAAGCUCCUCCCACAUCUACUCAAUAGGGUUGAGAUCUGGUGACUGACUUGGCCAAUCCGUCACAGAUAGAAUGCCGUUUGGCUGCUUCUUGCCCAAAUAGGUCUUGCAUAACUUGAAGCAGUGCUUUGGGUCAAUGUCCUGUCGUAGGAUGACAUUGGCUCUAAUCUGCUGCCGUCUAAGAACAUAAGAAAUUUACAAACGAGAGGCCAUUCGGCCCAUCAAGCUCGUUUGGGGACUGCAGGGUAUGGCAUAGUAAUUUCCCUGUAAAAAAUCCAUAUUUACCAGCACCACAGCAUCCCCAGACCACAACAUCUCCACCACCAUGCUUGAAUGAUGACAUCAAGCACUUCCGCAUUUCAUUUGUCCGCGACUCAAGUGUUCUUCUCUAUGAUCCAGACACCUCAAAAUUAGAUUUGCCUGUCCAUAGCACUUUUUUCCCCCCAAGUCAUCCAUCAACCAAUGUGUACGAUCUUUUGUCCAUUUGAAUCUUUCCCUUUUUUGGCCAGUCUCAGAUACAGCACUCUGGAGGUAUCUCCAGAGCCUCAUCACUGUCGAAGAUGAGAUUGGCAUUUUGUGGCUUCUGUUUAAUAAAGCUGCCAGCUGAGGGCCUGAGAGGAAUCAGUUUCUCAAAAUAGAGACUGUGAUGUUUUUAUUCUUCUGCGAAGCUGUGCACUGCAGCCUCCCACUCCUCUUUCUGUCCUGUUUAGACCCAGUUUUUACUCUUCUGUAAAGGCAGUAUUGCAUGCCUUUGUAAGAUACCAUCAGUAUCUUGGCAGUGUCUCAAAAUGGAAUAGCCUUCGUUUCUCAAAACAACAACAGGCUGGCAAAUUUCUAAAGAAAGCUUUCUCUUUCUGGCCAUUUUGAGACAAUAACUGAACCCACAACAUGCUGAUGCUAAAGAUAUCCAAGUAACCCAAAGAAGGGCAGUUGCUUCCUUAAACAGCACACCAGUUUUCAGCUGUGCUUAUUUGCACAAGGGUUUACUAAGGAAGAAUUAUUCUUUCAAUAUUACUUAGGAUUUACUAACAUAAUGUGCCAUUGGAAAGCAGAAGUGUUUCUGCUUAAAAUAUUUGUAUACCUAUGUAGGCAUUUUAUUGAAAAAUCAGCUGUUUCAAGCUAUAAUUUACCAGAUUAACAAUGUCUAGACUAUUUCAAUUUAAUGAAAAGAAUGCGAUUUUCUUUCAAGAACAAAGUUUUUUGCAAUGUUUUACUACAUCUGGCAAUUUACCAUGCUUUGAGUACUUACAUAUAUUACAAAUGAAUGUAAGAUUUUAUUACUAACUGUAAAAUAUCCAUUUUCAUUCCUAUAAUUAUGUGUAUUUAAAGCAUACCGAAGUGAAUACAAACUCUGCCUUAAACUGCC